AUGCCUCCCAAACUUCAACCUCAUGACCCACUCGAGAAGGUUCGCCUGAGACUAAUUUUACCCAGGCCGAUCCAAACUGUCAACGGUGCCAAGAGUCCAGACGAGGAGGACACCAUCAACGACGAUAACCUUACUCCACCUCCCGACACCAUGAGUCCCGUCUCCAGCAUUCCCAGCGGCCCUCACGUCAACGAGGGCGAAGAUGAGAUUGUUGUCGGCGUCACCGCGCAGGCGAAGUCUUCUCCUCUUCGCGUCACGUCUGAUCGCGAGGAUCAUGAGAUGACCGACGUCAACCAGAGUCUGCCGAUCGUCUCACACUAUCCCAAGCGUAAGCGCGCUUCAGUCUACAAUGACCUGUCCGAGGAUCGGAUUGAGACCAGCUUCGGUGGCGAUUCGCCUGUCCCUACUCCGAAGACUGUUGGCCGACCCAAGACGAACCAUGGUAUUGGUGCCGUAAAGGGUGUUGUCCUCGGCUACUGGCGCGAAUCCGAGGCGCCCGACGAGAAGGACAAGCACCAAGUGAUUGGCUUCAUUGACAUCCGCGACCGUCUUCGAACUCGUGUGCAACCCAACAAUCGCGACGAUGAGGACAUCUCCAAGAGAUACCCGCUUCCUCCUGGCCCUGGUGGCAGCUGGGUCACCUUCGACAAAGUUGUCUUUGACCAACACCUCGUUAACCUUGAUCACAACCAAGUGAAGGAGUAUGUCAAGAUAGUGUCAGAGAACCCCAUCCCGAGAGAGCCUCGUGAGGAGGCCCUUGUGCUCCAGAAAGCCGCUGUCGUUGAGGCUAUUGACCGUGUCAAGAAGAACCCUCCGCCAGAGACAGCUACCGGCCCUCAGAUUGCGUACGGACGCGAUAUUCCUCCGCACGCCCUUGAGGCUCAACAUACCGUCAAGAAGAGACGGACUGCCGGCCAUGCUGCUGCCGCUAUUACAGAUACUUCUGAUCGCACCAAUGCUGUCCCGAUUCCUGUCUUCGACUCCCUUCCCGGUACUCGACCCACCAAGAUUCUUCUAGGCUACUGGGCCAAAUCCGAUCAAGAGCUGCCAGACAAGCAUGCUGUGUUUGGUAUUCUGGGCGCGAACGACAUGUUCCGUGUCAAGGUCACCAAGGAGACUCGGGAUGGUCGAUCCGUAGAAGGCAAUUUCCCGACCGGCGCUGGAGCAUUGUGGAUUCAGUACGAGGACGUGGUGUUUGAACCCCACCUGAAGGACCUCGGAAGACCAGAACACAAGGAGUACGUGCGUGUUCGUCAACGACAAAUCGAUGACGGUGAGCGACCCGAGGAGAAGACGGAGAAUGAGACGAAGGCGGUCUACGAGGCUCAAAUUCGCGCGGCUGCUCUUGCCUCUCACAAGUCGGAUCCCAAGGAGCGUCUUUCGUUUCCCGCCAACGGUAUCAAUAUUAAUGGUGCGACUGACCCCGUCUACGAAUCUCCUCCUUCUACUGCGGUCCUUCCUAAGCGCGAGGGUCCCGGUCCUGAGCUUCGCCACAGCCGCCGUGCUGAUACCAUCGCUGCCAACCGAGGCGGACGUCAUUCCCUCCCGAACGGUGCGGAGCUCCGUGCUGCCAACCGCACCUCGAGUGUCGAUCCUCUUGAGCGCACCAACAGCAUCGCCCAACGCGAGAUUGCCCGCGCUGAAGCUGCGCAGGAGCGUGCUGACCAGCGUGCCGCCAACCGCUCAUCGUCUGUUUCACUAAACUCGAACAAGACACAAUUUCAACAGAAUGUUUCGCGUCUGAAUAAGGUUUGGGCCGCACAGGAGGCUAACCGUCUCGCCGCUGGCACCGAGGAUGCUAAGAUCUACAUGGGUAUCAAGUAUGAACGGAAGGCGACUGGCCCGUUCCAAGGCAAGCUGGUCAGCCAGGGCACCAUCAUCAGCAUCGACGGCGAGGACUAUGUCGAGUAUCGUGUCCUCACGAAGCCGAGCUUCUUCUAA